AUGCACCACAAUCGCAGACACAUAGAGUCUCCCCUGACCAGGGACUUACCACGGUCGGUAGGGGAGUUCGCAACCGGGUGGAUCCCCAGAGCCAGAAAAGAGGUGACCUGGGGUCGUCAGCUCAACCAAGACCAGACGCACUCGCCAGCGCUGAACGAGCGCAGCAGCGUUUCUAGCGGGUCUUUGAAGUUGCAGGAUGGGUCGCAGGAGGACAAAGCGGCCAGAAACGACGUUCUGGACUCGAAGCACCACUAUCAAAAAGAUGACCAUCGCAACAAUUACUGGGCCAUCGUUACCACGGGUGCGGGGCUUUUCUCCGACGGCUACAUCAACAACUCGAUCAGUACCGUCAACGCGUGUUUGUCCAUUAUCUACGGAGACCAGUACUCGAACUCGAACGCCCUGCAAAACGUGUCGUCGAUUGCGUUCGUCGGAACCGUGGUGGGCCAGUUGACGUUUGGCUACAUGUCUGACGUGUAUUCGCGUAAGAAUGCCAUGAUCAUCGGUACCGUGAUUCUUAUCGUGUUUUCGAUCCUGGGUGCCGGUGCAUGGGGCGUUGGUACCACCGGUACUCAAGCUGGUGGCCUUUUUGCCGCAUUGACCGCUUACAGAUUUUUCCUCGGUGUUGGUAUAGGCUCCGAGUACCCUGCCGGGUCUACGGCCGCUGCGGAGGCUUCCAACUCUCUGCCUGCAGGAAAGCGUAACAGAUGGUUUUGCUGGUUCACUAAUUUUAUGAUCGACGCGGGUUUCGUUGCGAGUUCCGUGGUGCCCUUGAUUUUACUCAAAAUCUGUGGGGAGGACCAUUUGACUCCAGUCUGGAGAAUAACGCUUGGUCUUGGGGCGAUUCCUCCUCUGUCGCUGUUUUUCUUCCGUCUUCGUUACAAAGAGGGUAAGCAGUACCAAAACACCAAGUUCCAAAGAACCAUGCCAUACUGGAAAGUUUUCAAAUUUUAUUGGUUUAGACUAACUAUCGUGUCCCUUAUCUGGUUCCAGUACGAUUUUGUCACUUACUCAUUCUCGAGUCUUUCCAGUCUUAUCCUAGGGGCUAUUCUUGGCGACAGCGCAUCCUUGACUAAGACUUUUGGCUGGAAUAUUGUGUUCAACUUGUUCUACAUUCCUGGUGCUUUCUUGGGGGCUAUAUUCGCUGACUACUGGGGCUCUCGUUUCACGCUAGUCAUCGGGGUUCUUUUGCAAGCUGCCAUUGGAUUUAUUAUCGCUGGGUGUUUUGAUCAUCUGAAGAAGCACAUUGCUGCGUUUACUGUUGUUUUUGGUAUCUUUAGUACGUUGGGUGAGUUCAGCAUUGGUGACAACAUUGGUUGUCUGGCCUCUAAGACUAGCGCUACUCCUAUCAGAGGUCAAUACUAUGGUAUUGCAGCUGCGAUUGGUAAAAUCGGUGCUUUUGCUGGCUCAUAUGCAUUCCCCGCAAUCAUAAAGAAAUACGGUGGUUAUGACAAUUUGCAAGUACCAUUCUGGAUUUCAUCUGCUCUUUGCUGCAACAGUGCUUUCCUCGCUCUUUUCUUCUUACCAGACGUUGACCAAGAAGCUAACCUUCUCGAAGACGAACUUUUCGUCGAGUACCUUGAAAGCACAGGCUAUAAUAUCGCUCGUCUCGGUACUGUGACCAACGAAAAUGACUUUGAAAAGGUGUCUGUCGUAGAGUAUUCAAAAAAUGCCGGCUCCACGUAA